UUUUCUUUCCAAACAUGUCCAAGGACGACAUUUGUAAAGUGACAUCUGCCAGCAAACACAAAGAGCGUAAGCCCAAAAAGCCGCACUAUAUUCCUCGGCCAUGGGGCAAACCAUACAACUACAAAUGCUUCCAAUGCCCCUUCACCUGCAUGGAGAAGUCUCAUCUGUACAACCACAUGAAGUACAGCCUGUGCAAGAACUCCCUUUCUCUGCUCAUCGAGUCAGACUGGCCUUAUAAAAAGGGUAACAUCCUGCACCCGGACCAUCUGCGACCAUUCCAGCAAAUGCACGGCUUCCUUGCCAGCGGGAAAGAUGAACCAGAUCAAGUAACAAGGACUGAUGAGGGGCCAAGGCAGCGGAGGACACUAGAGGAGAAAGGAGAGGAGAGGGAAAGCCACGGAGGAGAAGAUGAGGAGGAGGGAGGACGAGCAGCGGGUGCCGAGGUUAACGGGCAGACAAAAGAGAGUACCGGCAGCAGGGGUGCUGCAGAAAGCACCGCGAAGAAAGGGAAACAACCAGAAUCUGAGCUUCUGAUGGCUGACCUGCUCUCCCUAGAAGACCAGCUGCUACGAGCACAAUCAGUGGAGGUGGAGAACCAACUGAAGCACUAUAAGCUGUCCAAAGCGUGUCUGACGGCUCCGGGGCUGCUGUCGGAGCAGUGGCGGCUUCUUGCAUCGAGUCACACUAAAGCCAAGGUGGAAGGAACUCAGCCACAAAUGGCGAGUUCAAUCCCUUGUUACCCUCCUCCACCAAACCUGGUGGAAUACCAGGAUCCCACCGGACUCAACCUGUCAGUCCUUGGGAUGGGUUAUCCCAUCAGCCCCGGCCUGUUCUCCUACAUGAGCUCAGCUAUACCACCUGCUGCCGCUGGUGUCACCGCACAGAGCCACACACAGCUCGCCGAGCUACCCUUCCUCACAUCAGCUGCUCAGCUGAUGCACCCAGCCUCCAGUGUGCACAGCCCCCCAGACAGAACUCUCAUCCCACAUCGCUUCUACUACCCUUUCCUGUGCGAGCACACCUUCGGGCCGGCUUCCACCCAGAGCAACGCCAGCAAGAACCUCAAGACUCCCACAGACAGUCAAGAGGUUAAUCAUCCUCUGCCUGGCUUCAAGCCCAAAGUCGGUCUGUGGAAGGUGCCCACUUUGCAGCCGAGAAGCAUGGCAGUGUCUCCUGCUGGCUGGGUGUCACCUCAGAGAGAGUCACCUGACCACGGCUUCAGGCUCGGGGAGAAAUUGCAGACUACAACCAAGGAAAGUAAACAGAGUUGGAUCCUCAAGAGAACAGGAGCCCGACUGGAGAGCAAUGAGGCACCUAUGGAGAAGAAACCAGCUAUGGGCUUCACUUUGGACCUUCUGCAGAACAUUCAGAAUGCAUCAGCUCUAAACAUGGCAGCAGACAAGAUUCUCUUCCAUAACAAUUUACAGGAUGCACAACUUCAGAGUCGAACUACAGAACCGAGGUGCGUCAAUUCUCUCACCAGUCUCAACAGUGAGACAUCCUCUGUCUCUGCCUGCAGUGGACUUGGUACCCACACCUCACCUACAGCUUGGACAACACGGGACGGAGCUUCAGAAUCAGUGGCUGCUCUCCUCAGCGACCUCUCCAAAGCCUUGCAGGAGUACCAGGAAGCUGAGCGAAAAAUCUCCCACUUGGAGAAGGAAGACCUCCCUGCCCAGCGACACCUCUGGGAACAUUUGAGCAAAAUCCGCAGCAAGCUUUCCCACAUCCACCAGGCCCUGGAGCGGACGGCACACCAAAGCGACGGACCUCUCGACUUGUCGGUCAAGAGGGAUGCAACACAUUUGGUCGCUCAUGACGACCAGAGAGAGGAGGGCGCUCUUAAAGACAAUGCAACCGAGACAGAGGAGGAGGACGACGAGGUGGAGGAGAAAAAGGAAGAGGACGACGAGAGUGAGAGGAAGGCCAUGAAGGCUUCACUGGAGAGUCGGAAGCAGUCGCUAGACAUGCUGAUCAAGAUGAGUCAGAUGGGGGCAUCGGUGGUGAACACACAGGUUCUGCCUUCUGGUAGCCUCGCCAUGAGGCCCAGUCCAUCCGAGACGUUAUGGCCGAGCAGAACAACUAAGUGUGAGGCCGACUCCAGCGUGCUGCUCUGCCCUGACGGUCGGUCAGUGGUGUUCACAGACAUUGCCUCUUCCACCAAAAUGCCUAAAAGACCGCCAUCCAUACAACUAGAAACCCAGUGUCCCCCGAGCCCUUUGACUGCGACAGACAACUAACCUCAGUAUGAAUUUAGCUACGCAAGUCAUACGAGUGUCUUCAUCAUUGGCAUGUCUGAUUUCCACUGGCUGCAA